AUGCAAGGUAUCAAGAAUACCAUAGCGGAGAACCUCGGUGGACCAGCCACGGCCCUUGGCUCACACCAGUUUAAACUGGACGACUGCCCGGACCUUUCCGGGAAAGUAGCGCUCGUCACCGGAGGGAGCGAGGGCAUCGGGUUUGGCGUCACUUACACGUUGCUGAAACACAACAUCGCCAAACUGUACAUUCUUUCUGUCUCUCAAGAAGUUGUCGACGGCGCCAAAAACGCCAUUGCCCAGGAGCUCGGCCGCGACAAAGCCGACCGCACGUUCUGGAAACAAUGUGACCUCUCCGACUGGCCACGAGUCAAGGCGGUCGCGGAGAGCAUCCGACAGGAUACUGACCGGCUCGACAUCCUCGUGAACAAUGCUGGGCGCGGCAUUAUGACACCUCAGCUCACCUCGUAUGGCGUCGACCGGCACAUGGCCGUCAACCACUUCGGCCCCACCAUUCUGACUAGCCAGUUACUCCCGCUCAUGAAGCAGACGGCACAAGCGUAUGAUACCGUAGUGCGCAUCAGCAACCAAGCCAGCAACGCACACAACGCAGCACCGAAAGGGACACGAUUUGCGAGCUUGGAUGAGAUCAACGCAGAUAUGGGUGCUAAUGGACAGUAUGGGCGGAGCAAGUUGGCCGGAAUCUUGUCCGCGCGGUGGUUCGACCGGAAGGUGACGCGGAAUGGAUGGCCGAGGGUGUUGAUGAAUGCCACACACCCGGGAUUUGUGAGCUCGAAGCAGAGCCGGGCGGAUAUCUUCGAGGCGUUCCCGCUCGGGGGGUACGCCAUGUCCUACGGCUUGGAGCCGUUCAAGAAGGACCAAUUUGAGGGCGCCGUGCCCACGGUCUUCGCCAUUACCAUGGCGGACCGUUCUGGCCAGUACAUUUGCGCCCCGACCAUACCGGAGCCAGGGACGGCCUUAUCACAGAGCGAGGAACUGGCCGACCGUUUGAUGGAAUUGACGAGCAAUGUUGUCAGGGAAAAGAUGGGGAGUCAGGUUGGGGAUCUUGUGUGGUAG